GAGAGGCUGAGACGCUGAGGGAAGCGAUUCAAAUAGUGACAGAGAGAGAGAGACCCAAUUUCACCAAGGAUGUUAUCCGUCACGCAGAUUUCGUGUUGCGGGAUACGUUGGGAUUUUCCGCGGCUCGUCUAAAAACAGAUAUCUGAAGCAUCCUGAUUGGUUGGCCGCUGUCCAGAGGCAUCCCGAUUGGUUGACCCGCUCUACCGUCGGGACUGGGACACGUGACAGGCACCCUCGAGGCAUUCCCAAGGAGCUUACCUGCCCUUGAGGAGGGUGAAUCCUGCAGAGAAAUCACUGCAUCUGCCUUUUCCUGUGGAUUAUGGACUUGUGAUAAGUUGGGGCACUUUGACGCGGGGGCCUUCCUUGGAUGCUAAAAGCAGGGAAACCCUUCGAGAGGUCCCCUGGAGAGGGCCAGUAGUUUACUUGUGGUGGUGAGAUGGCGAGGAGUCCUGAAAUCCCACCGUGCAAGGGGCUUGCGCACAGGGUAUGAGCGAGCGCCCCUCUACCUCCAGUCCACCGCAGACGAAGAAGGCGAGCACACAGCUGAGCCCGUCGGAGCAGCGGGAGGGUAGAUGCAUCCUGGGAAAUGAUGCAGUCAGAUGACCUGUUCAACAAGAAGCUAAGAGCCUUAAACGGGAACAUGGGACCCCCUACCUCCAAUGUGCAGGGGACGCCGGCUAUGCCCAAAAUGGGUGUCCGGGCCAGGGUGUCCGAGUGGCCCCCACGAAAGGACGUCUGGGAGGGACGUCCGCCCCCGAACUACGAGAGCCUGAUGAUUGGAUACCGUAACGGCCAGUCGGACGAGAGCGUGGAAGUCAGCAUUAAUGAGCAAGGUGGCAGGGUAGUGCCGGAUCCAGAGUUAACCGAUGCCAAAUACUUGUUGGGGGACAUCCUGGACCACGCCUCGCCCCUGAAGGGGGGGCUGCACCCAAUUCGGCAGCGUAGCAACAGCGACGUGACCAUCAGCGACAUCGACACUGAGGACCUCCUGGACCAGAACGCUGUCAACCCCAACACGGGGGCGUCGCUGCAUCGAGAGUACGGCAGCACCUCGUCCAUCGACCGGCAGGGCCUGGGGGCGGGGGACGUGGGGUUCUUCACCCUGCUGAAGGGGUACCGGGUGGACCCGCUGGACCACCGGGCCGCCCCUCCCAUGGGGUUCCCCGAACUUCUGCGGUACGACACCGCCUUCUCCCCCAGCCUGCACACGGCCGCCCAGAUCGCCCGCGGCGAAUUCGUCCACAUCGGCGGGCUGGACUACGCCGACGCGUCCCUCUUCUACGGCCGGGGGGUGGGAGUCGGCGGGGUGUGCGGGGUGGUGGGCGCAGGCGGGGCCGGCGAGAAGUCGUUCAUGCGGCGCUUCAGGUCGUCCGAGGGCUCGGAGACGUCGCUCUUCCGGAAGCUGCGGACCAUCAAGAGCGAGAGCGACGGGCUGCUCCGCCUCUCCUCGCUGGGCGUCGAGCCGCUGGCCGCGGACGACCGGCGGCCGGCCAGCUUCCAGAAGUGCUUCGCGCACUACGACGUGCAGAGCGUGCUCUUCAACAUCGGCGAGGCGGUGGCCAACCGCGCCAACCUGGGCCGCAGGAAGAACACCACCACCGGGGCGUCGGCCGCCUCGCAGUACCAGAUCUCCGCCGGAGGAGGUGGAGGAGGAGGAGGAGGAGGAGGUGGAGGAGGCGGAGGUCCCGGGGGCGGGAUGGGGGUGGGCCUGCCCACCUGCGAGUCCCCCCUGGGCAGCCGUGAGGACCUGAACUCCAAGGAGAACCCGGACACGGACGAGGGCGACGGCAAGAGCAACGGGCUGGUGCUCAGCUGCCAGUACUUCCGCAACGAGAUCGGCGGAGAGGGCGAGAGGCGGAUCUCGCUCUCCCGGGCCAACGCCGCCCCCUACAGCGCGGGGGAGAACUGCUCCUUCGAGUCCUCGCUGAGCUCGCACUGCACCAACGCGGGCGUGUCCGUGCUGGAGGUCCCGCGGGAGAACCAGCCCAUCCACCGCGAGAAGGUCAAGCGCUACAUCAUCGAGCACAUCGACCUGGGCGCCUACUACUACCACAAGUACUUCUACAACAGAGAGCACCAGAACUACUUCGGCGUGGAUGAGAACCUGGGCCCCGUGGCGGUGAGCAUCCGACGGGAGAAGCUGGACGACGGGAAGGACAAGGAGGGGGCGCAGUACAACUACCGCGUCACCUUCAGGACCAGCGAGCUCACCACCCUCCGCGGGGCGAUCCUGGAGGACGCCGUCCCCUCCACGGCCAGGCACGGCACGGCGCGGGGCCUCCCCCUGAAGGAGGUGCUGGAGUACGUGGUGCCCGAGCUCAACAUCCCCUGCCUGAGGCUGGCCGUCAACUCGCCCAAGGUCCCCGAGCAGCUCAUCAAGCUGGACGAGCAGGGGCUGAGUUUCCAGCACAAGGUGGGGAUUCUGUACUGUAAGGGGGGGCAGAGCACGGAGGAGGAGAUGUACAAUAACGAGAGUGCUGGCCCUGCCUUCGAUGAGUUCCUGGAUCUGCUGGGACAGAGAGUCCGUCUGAAGGGCUUCAGCAAGUACAGAGCACAGCUGGACAACAAGACGGACUCCACAGGGACACACUCUCUCUACACCACGUAUAAGGACUAUGAGCUUAUGUUCCAUGUGUCUACACUGCUGCCCUACACGCCAAACAACCGCCAACAGCUCCUGAGGAAGAGGCACAUCGGGAACGACAUCGUCACCAUCGUCUUCCAGGAGCCCGGAGCCCAGCCCUUCACCCCCCGAAAUAUCCGCUCCCACUUCCAGCACGUCUUCGUCAUCGUCAAAGUGCACAGCCCCUGCACCGAGAACGUCUGCUACAGUGUGGCGGUGUCCCGGUCGAGAGACGUCCCUCCGUUCGGGCCGCCCAUCCCGAAGGCCGUGACGUUCCCCAAGUCGGCGGUGUUCCGGGACUUCCUGCUGGCGAAGGCGAUCAACGGCGAGAACGCGGCGCACAAGUCGGAGAAGUUCCGCGCCAUGGCGACGCGCACGCGGCAGGAGUACCUGAAGGACCUGGCGGAGAACUGGGUCGGCACGGCGACGGUGGACUCGGCGGUCAAGUUCAGCUUCAUCACGCUGGGCGCCAAGCGCAAGGAGCGGGCGAAGCCGCGGAGGGACGCCCACCUGCAGAGCCCAGGCGCGGUCACCUGGGGCGUGGUCGCCCGCGACUUCGGCCAGGCCGCCGACGUGCACAGCCUGCUGGCCGUGUCCAACGAGUUCAUCGUGCUGAUCGAGGAGCGCAGCAAGAACGUGGUGUUCAACUGCUCCUGCCGCGACGUGAUCGGCUGGACGUCCGCCCGCGGCAGCCUGAAGGUGUUCUACGAGCGCGGGGAGUGCGUGGUGCUGUCCGCCCAGGAGGGCUGCGGGGACGACGUGCGCGAGAUCGUCCAGAGGCUGGAGAUGGUGAGCCGGGGGUGCGAGACCUCGGAGAUGACCCUGCGGAGGAACGGCCUGGGGCAGCUGGGCUUCCACGUCAACUUCGAGGGCAUCGUGGCGGACGUGGAGCCCUACGGCUUCGCCUGGAAGGCGGGCCUGCGGCAGGGCAGCCGAUUGGUGGAGAUCUGCAAGGUCGCCGUGGCGACGCUGACGCACGAGCAGAUGAUCGACCUGCUGCGCACCUCGGUGACCGUCAAGGUCGUCAUCAUCCAGCCCCACGAGGACGGCACGCCGCGCAGGGGCUGUUCGGAGCUGUCCCGCAUCCCCAUGGUGGAGUACAAGCUGGACAGCGAGGGGACGCCCUGCGAGUACAAGACCCCGUUCAGACGCAACACCACCUGGCACCGCGUGGCCCCGCCCGGCCAGGCCCCCGCCCAGGGGCCCGAGCGCCUGCCCCCCCAGCUCCUGCAGCAGGGCCCCGGCCCUCACAUCCCCCGCAGCACCUCCUUCGACAGGAAGCUGCAGGACGGGCCCAGGGUGAUGCAGGACCUGGACAGCCCACAGAUGGCGCCAUGCAGCAAAGGGGACCCCAGCCAGCACUACCGGAGCUCCCCCAGCAACCAGUCGUCCUCCAGCGACCCCGGGCCCUGUGGCAGCAGCGCCUGGGCCCAGCAGGCAGCGUACGAGGGCUGCCAGUCGCCCGUGCUGCACGAGCGGUCGGGGGACGGUCUCGGGGCCCACGCGGACGCGGAGGGGCUGAGAGAGCGGGAGCCCACGCUGGAGAGGACCCGCUCGGCCGAGGCCAAAUGGCACAUCCCCUCCACGAAAAUCCUAAACGCCCUGAAGGAGAGAGGGUUGCAGAAGGAGGGGGGGAAGGACUCCCCGAAUAAGCUCCCCCGGACCGGCGACAAGAGCUGCCCCAGCCACUGCUCGAGCCACUCCAGCAGCAACACGCUGUCCAGCAACGCGUCCAGCAACAGCGACGACAAGCACUUCGGCUCGGGCGACCUGAUGGACCCGGAGAUGCUGGGCCUCACCUACAUCAAGGGCGCGUCGACGGACAGCGGCAUCGACACGGCGCCCUGCAUGCCCCCGCCAUCGCUGCCGGGCCUGGGGGGCCCCCGGGUGCUCCUGCAGGGCCAGGGCGGGCAGGUGCUGGGCUGGGUGGGGGAGCAUCCCGACGACGACGAAGACGGCCCCGAGGAGGAGCAGGCCAAGCUCUACCUGCCCCAGGGCUACGUCUCCUCCAUGGCCGAGGACAGCAUGGGCGACCUGAGCGAGCUCUCCUCCCACUCCAGUGGCUCCCACCACUCGGGUAGUCCGUCGGCACGCAGCUCCAAGCUGGGCACCUCCCUGGACUCCUCCAAGGUUUACAUCGUCACCCAGGCGACGCCCGCGCCCGGCAACAGCCCCGACGCCCGCUCCUGCGGCCGUCAGCUGACCGGGAGCCAGUACCUGAUUGGCUGGAAGAAGUCGGAGGACAGCCCCCCUCCGGACGAGCCAGGCAGGAUGACGGAGUGCCGGCACCUGUACGGGCCGGACGCGGGCGUUGCCGUGCCGACGGCGGGCCACGACGGGUCCAAGCUCACGCACACGCUCUCCAAGGAGGAGUUCCUGAAGAUGAUGCUCCCUGACAGCCCCCCCGGAGAGGAGGGCCGGAGAAAGCAGGCCGUGCAGGUGUGCGGUCUCUCCCCGCGGCGGUCUCUGUACCGCACGCUGUCGGACGAGAGCGUGUGCAGUAACCGCCGGGCCUCGUCGUUUGGCAGCUCCAGGAGCUCGGUGCUGGAGCAGGCCCUGCCCAACGACAUCCUGUUCAGCUCCACGCCCCCCUUCCACAGCACCCUGCCCCCCCGCAUGACCCUCAGCCAGAGCGCCGGCGGCCUCCGCAACGAGAUCUGGUACUCAGACGGUUCCCUGGCGGACAAGUCCAAAUUCGGCGAGUCGGGCCUGCUGCCCCUGCCGGACUCCGGAUCCGGCCUGGACUGGUCCCACCUGGUGGACGCCGCGCGGGCCUUCGAAGAUCUGUCCGUUGCGCUCUUUCUGGAAGGGCUGGAUCUGGACGAGGAGGGCCGAGACUCUAGACCAGAGGGUUGCGUCGUUCUGCGGCAUGGCGGAUGUGGGUCAGGCGCGCGCCCUGUCUCAGGAGCUCCAGCAGCGGGGAGGAGGGCGCUCCAGGGUCCCUCACUGGAAAGUGAACCAGCUGAGCUGAUCCUGAGACAGCUGCAGUACGACCUGUGCAAGGAGAAGCAGGACAAGGCCAUGCUGCAGGAGCAGGUGCAGCACCUGAGGCAGGACAACAUGCGUCUGCACGAGGAGAGCCAGACGGCCGCCGCCCAGCUCAGGAAGUUCACCGAGUGGGUCUUCCACUCCAUCGACAAGAAGCCUGAGCGGCCCCGACACCGACCCACCCGCGAGAGAGACGUCUUCACCGCCGAGAGCGCCCAGCGUCAGCUUUCCUCCGCCACCACCACCACCACCACCACACACGCUUAACACCCAAACCAUCGCUUCUGUAGCCGUCUGUGUACAGCGCGUUCAGCCGAUCGGACCGCGGGCCCCAGGACGGCGGGGUCAGGACGGGAGGAAUGUACGGACUGGUCGGACCUGCUUCACUCUUACUCCAGGAGGAAUCAGCUCAAAAAGAGAACGAGAGACAAAGUUUAGAAGAUUAAAUGCGUAAAAUGAAUGUAGCUCUUUCAGAAACUUAUCGUUGGCACAGGGGGGCUGAUGUCUGGUCCUCCAGAUGAUCUCGAACAACAGGACGGCUGGCUCCCUUUUUGCAUAAGGUUAUCUGGCCAAUCAAAUGCAGGGUUUGUCGGCUUCUUUCUUCUUCUAGUUAUUCUUUGUUGUUCCAUAGAUAAACCCAGGUGGUAACUUUGAUGUUUUUAAAGGUGCUCUCCUCUCUCAUUCUCUCUCUCUCUCUCGUUCGCUCUCUCUCAAGUCUAGAUUUUUGUUUCUUUUUUUUUGUAAGUAGUUCAUAAGUAUUCCGCUGUCACAGUGUCCUAGCAAUAAAAAUUAAUUAGUCACAAACUGUGUAUUAAAAGGUUAGCACUAAUUGAUGAUGUCGUCGAAAUGGGGUUGUAAUUUGACAUGUAUUUAUUUUUGGCAGGAGCAGGUCGUGCCUGAGAUUAACUGUACGGAUUGUUUCCCUUUUCCUUUUGGGUUGUUAUUUUGACUUUCUUUUCAACACUUUGCCUUGUCCGUGGCUCACUCAGAUACUCCAAACCAGGUCAUUUACGUGUGUAUAGUGUACUGUAGCAAAGGCAGUCCUCAUGCAGUCGCCCUCCAACUCGUGAGCCAGAAACACUUUUACGAUGCCAAAAUUCUUCCCGGCCCGAAAGCUCGGAAGAAGUGUCUUGUAUUUAACACUAUUAUUUAAAGCUUAUUUAACCUGAAAUUGUUUAUUUUAUUAAGAGUAUUUUGUUUUUUGAUUUUUAUUUUGUUUCGGUUUUAUUUUUUUCUGCACUAAAAAGAGGAAGAGCUCUGUGUAGGCUGUUAUGUGUGUAGCUUGCCAGGGCGAUUAUAAAUAUAUAUAUAAAUAUAUAAAUGAUAAUUUCUGGAAACUCCAACAUUUGGAUGCUGCUAGAUUACAGUUCAUUGGUUUGUAUGCUUUUACAAAUGUUUUUUUUUUUUCUUUGUUAAACUGUUUCAUUUAAGAUGGGACGUACGUUUGCUUUUUUAA